CGGCACGCCGCAGAGGCCGGAGUGCGUGACAGGCUGCACUUCCCAGCCCUGACGCUGUGGUAACUGACUGAGCUCAUCGCCGCUCGUCACGACACGCGCAGCCUCGGCGGCACGCGGCGUAGCGUGAGAGGCGCCGGGGCCGCCGGCGCGCCCACCCCGGAGCCUUCGUGCAGACGCGCCUCGCCGCUCCUUGGAGACCAAGCCUGCUUGUCACCACGCCGCCGUUCUCAGGCUGCAGAAAGACGGACUCCGGACGUCAACAAAUAACCUGACCUCCUAGGCGGUGGCCUUCGUUCUUUUCAGCCUCGGCCUUGUCCCUCACCGCCCCCUGACGCACAGCUGCCAACCCCCUCGGAGUGGGAAAGCUCCGGGUCAACGUGGUCAGUCGCCCGGCAACGCCACUAGCCUCACGUGCGCCCCGGGUUCCCGGCAGGCGGGGCUGCGGUGGGGCGCUGGGGGAGGGGGGCGCGCGACCCCCUUCCCGGGCGUCCCUGUCCCGGGGCGCAACACCGGUAGGGCGCGAGGCUGCUGUGGCUCGCGACCGAGCUCCCGGGCAAGGCAGGCAGCGAACAAGCGCCGGGGCAGCUCAGGAAGCCGACAAGUGUCCGCGGGGCAAGACCGAUUCCUCGCCCGCGUUCCCCUUCGCCCUCGUCCCGCCGCCCGUCCUGUUUGCUUUACAGCAGCGGAGCUGGGCACUUUUCGGCCUUAAAAUGAGCGCAUCAGCCGCCCGGGCUCAAGUCUGCGGCGGGGGCCGGGCGGAACUGGAUUCUUCGCGGGCUUAGGCGGCCAGGUCGGCACGCGAGCCGGGCACUUGGCCGGCCAGGAAGCCCGGGUGAGCGCGGAAGCGGCGAGCUCAACCAGCGGGGGCGGGGCCGCGGGGUUGCGUGACCCGCCGCCCGGCGGCCGCACGCACUUCGUGCCGCGGUCCGCCCUCCCAGCCUCGCCGGCAGCAGCCGCCGCCAUCGCGGGGCAGGAGCACAGGUGCAGGAGGGCGGCGCCCGGUUUCCACUUUUACAACCGCAGCGGGGAGAGGAGUCACGCUAUAUUUCUGGGACGGGGAGUGAGUUCACCGGAGAGGACACGGCGUCUCCUUGUUAUCGGAACCUGGGUAACAUUCGGCAAGGCUUUACUGGGAAUCCUGCUGCAGCACUAGGGAGCGAAAACAAGUAACAGUAGUAAGUCUCGUAACCGGCUAGCAAGCUGCGAAUGUUCUAUUUCUUGGAAGAGCUGCAUUUCGGACCUCAUAAAAUCCUCAAAGGAGAGAUCUGGACUAUGAACGAGUUCCCUGCAUGGAUUCAGUCACUGAGCAUCACCCCAGCCUGGUUAUUUUACUUCAGAGCUCCCUCAGGGUAUCUUGAGAAAUUAUGGAUCGUCACAUUCCCAUGCAUGCAUUACCUGAAGAAAUCCAAAAGAUGUCUCCUGAAGAAAAAGUGUGUAAGUACUGUGGAGUCAGCUAUCUAAUUCUUCAUGAGUUUAAGGCUAUGGAAGAAAAAGUGAAAGCGAUGGAAAAAGAGAUGAAAUUUUAUCAAGGAAGUGUAGAACGUGAAAAGAGCCUUCAAGAAAUGCUACAGUCUCUUAGCCAAGAUUUUGAACAGUACAGAAUUGACAAUGAAUCCAAAAUGGAAAGAAUUCGAGAUGCAAGCAUGCAGUUUAAAAGUCACCAAAAUGAUUUUCAGAGAGUACAGAAAGAAUUGAGUCAGUUGCAACAUGAGUUAAAAAUUAAACAAAGACAAUCACAAAUCUUCAGUCAGAGAUUGACAGAAUACAAGUAUCUCUGGAAUAAGACUCUUUCGUUACUUACUUUUAGUAAAAGGGAGCUAACCAGUAUUAAAAAUGAAGUAUAUGAUAAUUUUCAAAACUGGACUUCACUGAAAGGAGAAGUUUUUCUACAAAUUAAAUCCAUAAGUGAAACAGCCUUGACAGAAAUAAAGAUGCUAAAUAAAAGUUUGACAGUGUCCCAGAGAAAUAAUGUAUGCCUUGAAGAGGAAAUGAAAAAUCUGAAAUGGUUGUCAGAUGCAGCCAUAUUGAGAUCUCAGCAAAUUGAGACAUCCAAACAACAGGAAGUAAACUUGCAAACCAGAUGCCAUGACUUGCAAAAGGAAGUACUAGAUUUACAGUGUCAAGUUGAAGCACUUGGGCUAAAACUUCAGAAGGCAGUGACUGAGAUGGACAACUACAAAGAAAAGCUCAUGAAUAAAUCUAAUGAAGCUGAUGAGUGUCAAAGAGAACUUAGAAAACUGAAGUUCGAAUACAUUAUUUCUGAGUCACGGCACACCAGAUUGCUUAAAGAAAAGGAAGACUCUUUAAUGACUUGUCAACAAAUAUAUAAAACUUUACAGGAAGAACUGACUGCAAAAGAAAGGCAAGAAGCUAACUUAAAAAGAAGAAUUAAUCUUGCAGAAAAUGAACUGGAAAUAAACAAAACUCUUCUGAAUCAGACAAAGCAAGAGGUUGUAACAUUGAAAAGUGAAAGGGAAUUGAUGCUGAUUUCACAUAAGAAAAGCAUCGAGCAGUUGCAGGAAACCCUUAGACAGAAGCUGCUGGACGGUGAUAACUGGAGGGAGAAGAUUGAAGCUGAACUCGCCAAGGAAAGAGCCCAACAUUUAGUUGAAUUUCAGGAGCAAGCUCUUCUCUUUAAAGAAGUUAAACUGGAACUCGAUAUUGAAAAGGAAAAACACCAAGAAAUAAUCCAAAAGUAUAAGAAAGAACAAGAAGAACUACAAAUGAAGAUAUCUGACUUAAUUGAAGGUGCUACUAAAGAUCUAAGGCUGAAAGUGGCUGCUCUUGAAGAAAAACUCCAUGAAUCCCAUAUUCAAUAUACUGAAGAGUCUGAGUUAAAGGAGAAAGAAAUCGAAAACCUUAAAAAUUUGGUUGCAGAAUUUGAAUCACGCUUGAAGAAGGAAAUUGACAGUAAUGAUUCAGUUUCAGAGGACUUGAGGAAGGAAAUGAAACAGAAGUCAGAUGAACUGGAAAGAGUAAUGCUGGCACAAGCACAACUGAUACAGCAAUUCAACCAGUCCCAGGAAGAGAACACUUUUCUUCAGGAAACAGUGCGUAGAGAGUGUGAAGAACGCUUUGAACUGACGGAGGCUUUGAGUCAAGCCAGAGAACAGCUCCUGGAGCUCAGGAAGCGCGGCGGACGGUUACCCCUGUCACCAUGCUCCCUCAGCCAGGGCAGCCUAACCUCCUCUGUUGCAGCUAGCAGCAGUCAGGGAGAGAGGCGGCUCGCAAGACUGAACUCCGAAAAGAGAAUCAAAAUCCCCGGCCUGCACGGAGUGUCGAAACCCACCGCUUCCCCAGCCUCAACUCAGCCCAGCGGGGUCAGCAGCUCAGGUUUGCCCACAUUCCCCCAGCCACACCCUCCCCGGGGGGGUCGACCGUCUUCAGUCAGUGAGACCCGGCAGAGACUGGCUGUCGUUCUGCAGAGGAGACUGAGUCAGCAGUGAUGGAGCCAAAGUCAGGAGCAGCUCCACACAGCAUGCCUGUCUUUCCCAGAGUCCAGAAACUCAACUGUACGAGGAUGAAAAAGAUCAAAUUAUUACCACAGAUUAAGAAUGCAUACUUACAGAUAUUUUUAACAAGACAGUUGGAAAAGCUAACCAAUUGUGAAACCACAUUUUCCUAGAGGCCUUUGAAACUGCAACAGAUAAUGAAGUUGUUGGUAUUCCAGAGGGUCAAUUUCUAUAUGUAUUGUGUGUUUCGAUGUGCUCUAUGAAUGUGCCCUUUUAGAGAUCAUAGGUAAAAUUUUUCACCCAUAGCAUCUUUUCUGCUUUUUUUGCACCAUUACAAGCAGAUCUAC